AUGUCAAUAUCAUGUCCGAAAUGUGGGAAAGUAUUCAGCAAGGAGUCCAGCAUCACUCGUCACCUCAGUCAGCCUCGAUCAUUGUGUCAUAGUUCUAUUCGCAACAUGGUGGACAUUUCUCAGUUUGCAGAGUCAGCUCUACAAUUAUGGCGGUCCCCCAAUCCAAUUCCUCACCAUGGUAUAAAUUCGGAUGCAUAUCCUUCGCAUUUUGAUGUUGACUUCUUCGAGACAGAGGGAGAGGAAUGCAUGAGUGCAGAGGAACGGUACGAAGGCGCAGGGACUUGUUACUCUCCAGACGGCCUGAUGUUCUUGGAUCUUUUUGACGUGGACGAGUAUGCAGAAUACAGAAAGGAUAAUCUAUUCUAUCCUUUUGCAUCAAAAGAGGAAUGGGAAAUCACUGAUUUUCUCCUUCAUUCUCCCCUUAGUAUGGCUGCAAUCAAUGAAUUUCUAGUGCUUCCAAUGAUCCGCGGAUUGAAGCUGUCAUUCAGUACCGCUCAAGAAUUGCAAAGCCAAGCUGAGAUGCUACCCAAGGGACCAAGCUGGAAGUGUCAAGUUAUCCCAUCUCUCCAUCGCACCAAAAAUCCAAUCCGACUUUUUUGGAGGGAUCCAGUCGAAUGUUUAGAAGCCCUCUUCAGCAACCCCCUUUUCCACGACAAGCUUGAUUUUGUUCCUCAUCGCGUGUACACAACUGCAGCACGGCUUACCCACGUUUAUUCGGAGUGGCUUACAGGUGAUUCUGCUUGGGAGUUCCAGGGUCUACAGAGUCAAGUGCCCAGAGGCGCUACAAUUCUUGGCACAAUCCUUUCUUCCGACAAAACAAAUAUCACCACUAUGACUGGUGCUAGGGUUGCUCAUCCACUCCUUCUCGGUGUUCUCGAAGACCGCCUCAUACAUCAAUGUCUUUCCAUCAUCUUAAAGCCAUUGAUGAUCGCGGCCGAAAUCGGGAUAAUGAUGUCUGAUCCUGUUGGAAAUGCAUGUAUGCUUGCAGGCGUACACGGGAAAACCUCCCCAUUUACGAUGGCAUCAUAUCUGGAGUUUGGGGACAAUUUUUGUCACCCCGAACGUACACGCUAUAUCACUCUUGGUUAUUUUGAUGCAUGUGCCAUAUAUCGUCUAAACGGUGUCCAUGCGCCCUUCUGGCAAGAUUGGCCAUUUGCUUGCCCCUCGGUCUUUCUAACUCCAGAGGCUCUGCAUCACUGGCAUAAGCAAUUUUUCGAUCAUGACCUUCAGUGGUGCAUUGCGCCAGUCACAGGCUAUCAUCACUAUUCUGGCAUAAUAAUGAAGCUCAAGCAAGUUACAGGCAGAGUCCAUCGUGAUCUACAGUGUUACAUUGUCGGUCUCAUUGUCGGUGCAGCCCCUCAUGUUACUAUGACGUUGGGUGCACAGACCGGUACGAAGAAGACAAUUGACAAUUGGUAUAUACCUAAGCUAGAGCUAAUGCAGAGCAUCACUGCCAGCACACAUAAAGUUGGAGCCCUCAUCCAGUGGUCUGUGGACGCCACUGAACACGCACAUGUGUCCGAAAUCAAGGAACCUGCACGACAAACCAAUAAUAAUGAUUAUGAUCCUCAAAUUUGCUGUCAUUUAGAUCAACAGGACAAGCUGCGGCAAUUUGCGAUUGCUAUGACGUUGAAGAGUGGUGUCCUUGAUCCAGACCCCAAAGAAUUACCUGUGGAUGAGGGAGACGAUGAAGACAUUGCUGAGUUCGAAGAACCAUCUACUGAUCAACGAACUGCACUCCUGGAGGGACUUAAUCGCACACGUGUCACUACCAACUACUUCAUCAAAGCUAAGGAGGCGGCUACUGUACCUCAUGGACCUAGCCCUCAUCCUCCUCGAAUGUUUACCACUGAUAAUACCACUAUCCAUCUAAAUUAUAGUCCAACUUGCACUGGAAUGAAAAUUGACGAUGUCGCAGAUGAGUUCAACAUACCGGAUCUUCGGGAUGCUAUUUCAAACUUCUUGCGACUUGACGCGAGGAACAGAGAUGUGAUUCAUGGGGUUGGAGUCUCAAGAAGAUUGUUAAUCGACCGUCCUUCUACUCUGCCUUUUGAUCGUGUUCAAGUUUGGCACACAGUUCGCUUGCAGGAAGUUUCCUUCCAUGAUCCAUGUGUCAUCUUACCAGCGCAAACCUUACAUGCCUCUCCACCAUGUCCUGGGUGGCCGAAAGGCCAACAAGACACCGUCCUUAUCAAUGUCAAUAGAGAGUAUGAGUGGCCCCAGUCAGGGUUAAGGGGGCACACCAUCUGUGAAGUGCAGCUUAUCAUCCUCCAUCCUGCCACUGGGAUGCAUGUAUUGAAGCGUGCUAAGCAUGCGGAUGGUACUCCAGUAGGUAACAUAGUUCCCCUCAAGCAAUUGCGUGCUUUUAUCAGUAUAAUACCUGAGCUGGGAGCUGCAGCGGACGCACGGUUGACAAAGGAGACUUCUGCACAUUAUUCCUCGUCAUUUUUCUUGAACAAGUACUUCAACAAGCAGCUUUAUCAUGCACUUUACCAUGCUUCAUAA